AUGGGCUCGCCCUGCCGCCCCGGCCCGCCCCCCACCUCCAACAAGAACGCCUAUGCGGGCGCCAACAUCGGUGUGCCCUGGUCGCCGCUGGAGGGCGUGACCAGCCUGGACCCGCGGGACUACGUGUGGGCGCCAGUCCCGCCGGCCCCGGGCGGUCACGCGGGCCCGCAGGCCCUGCAGGCCGCGUGGUGGCACCUGGGGGCGAUGGCGAUGCUGCAGGGAGGGCCGUCCGGAUGGCCCGUGCCCAUGCCGCCGGGGCUGGCCAUGCCGGGGCUGGCCAGGGCGGCGAUGCCGGCGUGCAUGCCAGGGUUUCCCAUUCAGUAUCCCGGCAUGUGGAACCCGCUGCAGCAGGUGGUGCCCGCCCAGAUGCACGCUCAACAGCAGCCAUCGGCGGACGGCACCCCGCAGGGGAAGACUCUGGGGAUGUCAGCCGAGCCUGCAAAGAAAACCGCAGGGGGCAAGUCAGUGGACGUCCAGCAGACGAAAAAGUGCAUGCAAAAGCAGAAGAAGGGCAGUGCUGAGGCGUUGCUGCCCGAGGGCAAGUGCUCUGAAGACUUCUUGGACUGCAUGAUGGAUCUGAAUGACGAAGACCUGCAGCAGUUGUUGCAGGAGCCACUUGGCACCUUGGCCAACGGCGGCAGCCAACUGGACUCCCCGGUUGGAAGCCCUAUCAAUGUGGUGUCCGACAGCAGCGAUGCCAGCUCCUUCAGCAUCCAAAAGUCACCCUCAUGUGGCAGUCAGCACUCAGAGACGCUCCCAGAUGACAGCAUGCUCUUCCUGGAAGGCUUGGACCUUUCAUGCCUCAAGGAGGUGAACAGCUUCCCUGACCUCACUGAACUGGAGUGCCUCAACUUUGACACGGCCUGUGAGGAGGGCAUGGGGAAGGCCUCCAAGGCGACCAGCCAGCUGAAGAAGAAGAAAGGGGGUGGGGUGUCAAAGAAGAAGGCCACCAAAGACAGAAAUGCAGUGCCAACGUUUGUUGACGAUGAGUGCCUGAAAGAGCUGGAGCGGAUGCUGGGGACAGGACCAAGCGCCGAAGCACUGGGCAACAAAUUGAAAGGCACCAGUUCGUCACCCAGUGCCGAUGUGGCAAUGACAACUGGUAAUGAGAAGAUGAAAAUAGCGAAAAACGUUCGAAAGAGCGGCAGCCGGAAGGCAGCCAAAACUUCGUGA